AAAAAAUUGGCGCACCGAAGAGUCACUCAGCUUUCCGCUUCCUGUCCAGAGAUCCACUCCGCUCCAUCACAUCAUAAUGCCAAAAUCAAAGGAAGUGCUGUCCUCCACAUCUGGAAGUGACUCCGACAGUGAAGUAGAGACUAAGGCAAAGAGAAAGAAGCCCAGUGCACCAGAGAAACCAGCCAAGAAGCCAAAGAGUGGCGAGAGUUCCAAGCCAAGCGGCUCAUCCAAAGGCAGCGGAAACGGUGAUGACAACAUGUUCCAGAUUGGAAAGAUGAGAUAUGUCAGUGUCAGGGACUUCAAAGGCAAAGUCCUGAUCGACAUCAGAGAGUACUGGAUGAACCAAGAUGGGGAGAUGAAGCCAGGGAAGAAAGGUAUUUCCCUCAAUCCUGAACAGUGGAACCAACUGAAGGACCAGAUUUCAGAAAUUGAUGAUGCCAUUAAGAGAAUAUAAGCAUUCCUUUCACUGAUAUCUGUGGAACUAAUUUAAUGUGUCGGCUAAUCAGUUUUGUAAAAAAAGUCUGGGAUUGUUUUCUAAUGGACUUUUGUUUAGUUUGUAGCUGUAUAGACCCAGUGUCGUCUGCAUAUUCUGUUUUUUUUUGUGUGGAACUUGUUUUGAGCCAUGGAGGUGGAGGUGUGGGUGGAUGAGUAGGUGGUUGAUGAUUACAGUUGGUGGGUAGAGUGUAUCAACACAGUCAUGUUUUUGUAUUGAAUAAUAAAAACGAAUCACUAGCUUGAUAUUGUCUUUCAGUGUGUAAGUUCACAUCCACAGUUUGAAUAUCAUGUAUCUUUAAAUCACAAGACUUAGUUUCAUCGGACCUUUUGUUUUUUUGUAGCACCUGAUGUCAGUGCCAGAGUCCAGUCUGUCUGUUGUACCUGCAGCUGAAUAGAUUCAUGAUUAGCUUUUUGAAAAUAAAUGAUACUGUAAACAAA